AUGAGCCAGUGCGGGCUCCUAACCGCGGCUCGUCGCAGCCUGCGGUACAGAUUGGGUCGUAUCUACAACUCGUUCUACUACAGCCAGAGCAACAACAAGUACGUGAUGCUAUUCGUCUUCCCCAGCGUAAUCUGGUACACACGUUUUCGCGCCGACACUCGUCUGGGAUAUCGCCUUUACAUCGCUCCCACUGCGGGGGGUCCGGUCGACUACCUGGACCAGAUCGAAAGCGGCUCUGUGCAGAAGCAAACUUCCGAACCCGAUGAGACAUCAGCCUCCGUUCUACUUGACGCCUUAAACUACGUGGACGACACGAUUAUGGGCGUAUGGAGGUGGAUUAAAGGCAGCAAGCCGCUAAUCGAGGGCUUCAAGAAUGGCAAGAAGGUCUACCUCGAUGACUCGGCCACGGUGGCGGACCUCAAGAAAGCCGUCUACGGCCGCAACGCGUUGGAACACGAGGACGUCCUCGUCGGCUGCAAGGGCAGGGUCAUGCAGACCGAUGACAACCUCGCGCUGGCCACUCGGGCCUUCUGCCGUCGCGACCCUAGGAUCGUGCUCUGGAGAGACAUUUAG